AUGUUCCUGCCCACAAAGGCCUCCAUCGGGGGGUUGAUGUUGCUGCUGUUGGCUAGGGUCGCCGAAGCUUCCAAUGCCAGCGCCGCCGUGAUCGAGGCUGCCUCCUCCAAGAUGGAUUGUGUGUCGGGACUGAAGCAUUUUGACCCUCACAAACACAAAACUAUCUAUCGUGUCGGUGUGCACGCCAUUCGAGGCUUUGAUGCCGCAAGGCAAGAAUACAACACCAUCUUUGGAGAGUACUUGACUGCCACGGCAGGAAGACGCUUCACCCAACCCAUUCAGUUCGAGAUGGUCCCAGUAACGUUCCAAGGGUUGUUUGAUGCUGUGGAACAAGAAGAGAUUGACUUCUUCUAUUCAAAUCCUGGAAUCUACAGUUGUAUUGGAGUCGAGGUGGGGGCACAGCCAUUGGCUACCAUUAUCGCCCGUCUUGACGUCAGAGGAACCGUCUAUGACCUAGAUGUGUUUGGAGGAGUGAUUGCAACUCACAAAAGCAACCGUGACAUCAACACCAUCCAUGAUCUAAAGGGAAAGAUCAUUGCAGCAGGUUCCAUCUCCAUGAUUCUGGCAGGACAGGUUCAGUUUUAUGAAAUGGAAAAGGCUGGGAUGUCGUACGUCAUGGAUCCAGCACAAGUUGUCUUCACUGGGAAUCAGUUUGAUGUUGUCAAAGGGAUCCUUUCGGGUGACUUCGACGUCGGCUUCGUACGCACAGACCAGAUCGAGAGAACCAAGGAUGACAAAGGCGAAUUUGUCGAUCCAGACGAGUUCAAAAUCAUCUCCCCAAAGAUCUAUGUCAUGGAUGAUGGAAACCUCUUCCCCUUCUUACACAGCACCGACAUUUAUCCUGAGUGGCCAGUUGCUAGUCUGAACCAUGUUCCUAGCGAUGUAGCAUUUGAAGUGCAGCAAGCUUUGUAUGCAUCAGGGGAGCAUGCCAAGAUUGGUCAAGCCUACGAGGAGUGCAAGGCCAACGAAGACGCUCUUACCUGUGACCAGCUAGAUCCCCUUGAGCUAUAUCCGAAUGCUCGCUGUGAUUCAUCUCAAGAACUAGCCGAGAUGGCUUGGGAAGCGUCCAAAGUGGGCAAAUUUGCAGGCUUCAGGACGUCACGAUCGUACUUUGAACCCCGGACAAUGCAUGAAGCUGCUGGUUUCAUGACCAAAGAUGAAAAUGGUGACUGGAAAUGCACUCGUUCUACUACUUUGUAUGAUGGCAUCAAAUGCCCAGAGGGGCACGUGAAGAGGAGUCUAGGAGAGUUCCAAGAUGGAUGCGAGAAAGUCGGGCUGCACUGCGACGCGGGCUUUGACUGCUUUUGCCGACCUUGCGUUUUUGAAGUGGAUCUUUAUGAGGUUGACAGCGACACAGACUUUCAUUUGGACAGCAAUGGUUUUGGAGCGUAUCCGGGAGGAUGUCAACAGAUGGAGACCUGCGGCACUGUGGAACAAACCAAGAACAUCACAUUCAGGGCUUACGAUAACAUGGAACGAGCGAGUCCACAUGUCCGUGUAGUUGUGCAGAAAGGACUAAAUGCCCAUGAUCUGCCGGUGAGUCGAAUUCCAUCGACGUUCGCUUACGAGUUCAGCUUUAACGAAGAGGAGGUAGGCGACCUUACGAUCGAAGUAUACUUCGAUAGCUUGCAUAUUCCUGCGUCUCCGGUUGUUGUUGAAGUUAUUGAAAGAACUUGCGAUGGUGAUGACCGCGUGGCGAACACCGAAGGACGCUGCGUUUGCGACGACGGCGCACUUGAAAUGGGCGGAUCCUGUGUGAGCUCGACGGCAGUCUUUGUCUCUGUCUCGGUGUUGAUAUUGAUCGUCGCCAUGUCAGCCGGACUCUGGUACCUUGGUUACAAAAGAAAGGAAAGUGAUCAGUUAUGGCAUAUCUCCGAGGAAGAGUUGCAGUUUGAUAACCCGCCCGAAGUGAUCGGUCAAGGCGGCUUUGGUGUUGUUCUGUUGGCCGACUAUCGUGGUACCACCGUUGCUAUAAAGCGUGUGCUACCACCCAAAAAGCAGAACCGCAGGAACGGAUCCAGGGACUUUUCCGUCAGUGGAAGCAAAGACAAAGUCAUUGAAGUACGCAACGAAACGCCCAGCAAGGAGCCAGCGGGAAAAGUUGUCACACUUCAAGACGAAACAGACCUUGAGGACCCCCACCCGUCCGAGGUGGGAACAGCCACGGGAACUAAUAAGUCGCUGGAAAAGUUCCUGGACCAGAUGAAGAAUCGGGCGUCUCGAAGAUCCAAAUGGUGGCUGCCGAAGUCGGAGGACCACGGGAUGGCAGAUACAAAUUUUCUCCUUUCAACAACGUUUAACGCCGCAAAGACAAAUCCUCUGUCGGCUCUGUUCCCUUGCAUGGAUGCCCAGUCUCGUCAAAGACAAGAAUUCGUGGAGGAAAUGCGUCUACUUUCUCGACUUCGUCACCCGAAUAUCACCACCAUUAUGGGUGCCGUCAUCUCUCCAUUCCACGAGCCAAUGCUUGUCAUGGAGUACUUUGAGUAUGGCUCACUCGACGACUUGCUCAGUAAUGAAUCAUUUCUUCCCAGUGGUGAAAUUAUCCUUCAGAUCGUCCGAGACGUCUCUUCGGGGAUCCGAUUUCUUCACGCUAACAAGCCUCCAAUCAUGCACUGUGAUUUGAAGGCAAAGAAUAUCUUGGUGGAUAGUCGUUUCCGGGCUAAGGUCGGAGACUUCGGUUUGUCAUCCAAGAAGACACUCGGGUUGGCAGGAACUGCUUUCUGGCUGGCACCCGAGUACUUGAAAGGUGGGGAUUAUACUCCUUCCUGUGACAUGUACAGCUUUGGUGUUAUUCUCUACGAAAUUUACGCAAGGAAGAGCCCAUAUGAAGGGCAGAAUCCCAUCAAGGUGCUCAAGGAUGUCUGCAAUGCAAGAGUGAACAAACGACCUGGGGUACCGGAAACUUGUCCACCAAAGCUUGCAAGUCUAAUGAAGGCUGAGCCACUUUCAGGCGACAAGGCAGCUCCGACCGAGCGACCAACGGAAGAUAUGCUGUACAAGCUUUUCCCGUCUCACAUUGCAGAUGCGUUGAAAAAAGGACAGAAAGUGGAACCCGAAUCCCAUGAUCUUGUUACGGUGUUCUUUAGCGAUAUUGUGAAGUUCACCGACAUCUCUCGAAGCCUUUCUCCCUUGAAAGUCAGCAAGCUUCUUGACAGGUUGUACCUCGUUUUUGACUCGCUUUCGUCCAAGCAUGGCGUCUUCAAGGUCGAAACAAUCGGUGAUGCAUACAUGGGUGUCACAAAUCUCAACGGAAAACAACCUACGGAUCAUGUCAAGCGCAUCGCAGAUUUCGCAAUCGAGGUCGUCCAGGCUGCAAACCAAGUGCAGAUUGACGAGGAAGACCCCGACCGAGGUUGUGUAAAGAUCAGAGUCGGUUUUCACAGUGGUCCAGUGGUGAGCAGCGUCAUUGGUUCCCUCAAUCCUCGCUAUGGUCUCUUUGGUGACACUGUCAACACUGCCGCCAGGAUGGAAACCAACUCCACGAACGGACGUAUUCAUUGCUCUGAGCGCUCUGCCAUGCUCCUAGCAGAGCAGUCUCCUGAAACCAGAAUCUUGAAGAGAGGAGUCAUCAAAGUGAAAGGAAAAGGUGAUAUGACUACGUAUUGGGUUCUCAAACCAUUGAACAAGGAAGAUUCAAUCAGGAUGGAGCAGGCACCGGAUGAUUCUCACGUGGACGGAUAA